ACUAGAUAAAGUCUCCUGUAUUAAACACUCUCCGCGCACACAUCUGUCUCCGGCUCGGAUGCGCGCGCGUCUGAAUGCGCGUUCACUGUGGAAAAAUGCUUCACCGCUCCAGAAUAUAUGGAUGAAACGCAAAGUCGCAAAGUGGAAGGUGGAUCCGUGAGGAAAGUUGUGAUUUCAAGAUGUUCUGGGUUUGUUCGUGUGCUCUUGUGCUUAUGGUGCUGGAUAGUAAUGCGGUGGCCGUGCCUGCGUGGACUGAACACACGGUUGGCAGUUUUCAGUUGCGUAAACCAUGUGCGCAGAAACUGUCGUCUGUGGACUCAAAGACCCAUGGAGGAGCAGUGAGAUCCAAACGCUACGCCAUCAACCCACUGGGAUACAGAUGGGAGCAUUUCAACGUCAGCUACAAGAUCACAAAGUUCCCCAACACGCUGAAUAAAGACGAUACCCGUAAAGCCAUCAGCAUCGCCUUCACCAAAUGGAGCGACGUCUCUCCUCUGACUUUCACGGAAAUCACCAACACCAGCAAAAGUGCCGACAUCACCAUAGGUUUCUACACGUACAACCACACAGAUUGCUGGCGCUCUCCACUGCACCCGUGUUUUGAUGGACUGAACGGUGAGCUGGCACACGCUUUCCUCCCUCCACGUGGAGAAAUACACUUUGACAACCAUGAGUUCUGGAUUCUGGGCAAAUCCCGCUUCAGCUGGAAACAAGGCGUGUGGUUGAAUGACCUGGUUCAAGUGGCUGCUCAUGAAAUCGGUCACGCUUUAGGCCUCUGGCAUUCACAGGACCCCAAUGCAUUAAUGCACCCUAAUGCAACAUACACGGGUCAGAGGAACAUCGCUCAAGAUGAUAUCUGGGGCAUCCAGCGUCUUUACGGAUGCAUGGACAAGAAGCGUGUGUGUGAUCCUUGGGCCCGUUUGGGUUUCUGUGAGAGGAGACGGAGCUUCAUGAAGAAAAACUGCCCGCAGCGCUGCGACCUGUGCUACGAGCCUCUGGAUGCAGUUUCCACACCGACCCCUCCUCCGGAAAAUGUCAAGAUCAAAAUUGUGCCUCGUGGAAAAGUUGUGGGCUUCCGCUGUGGGACAAAAAGCACCAGAGUGCCUCCAAAAGUCAGCUGGUACAAAGACGGUGAGCAGUUGCUGACGUCCAUUCCUGGCUAUAUAGUAAUUAAAGAUCGGGACCUGCGGCUUGUGGCCAAUGAGUUCAACGAAGGCACGUACACCUGCCGCAUCCAUCGACGCGGCACCAUCGUCUCUGCAAACUCAUGGGCCAUUCGGCUGAAGCCGGAGCAGUCGUCCAACAACAGCUGAUGGCGGAUGUGUUCAUCACUCGUGCUCUACCUCCAGACUGCAGAGCCGCUCACAGUCACACGUGUCUGUCUGAUGCUCAGAGCCGUAAUGGACGACACGCACAGGCAGACCAGAGGCCAGAAUGUCAGAGGCAAUACUGUGGAAGAAGCAUCAGCUAGAUUUACUUCUGCAGCCAUGACAAAGGUGCUUGUUUAUUAACAUACAUGCCACUUUUGAGGCAUUUGUAGUUUUAGAGAUGCUUAAAAUAUGACGGAGAGUUUGAUGGAAAAUCAAAACUGACGUCUUUCAUUUGUUUGCAAGAGUAGCGUUUUGUACACUGUGGUGAAAUAAAAAAUCAGUAGUGCAU